CUAGUUGCUUCAGGUGUCGUCCAUACUGUGUCUAUUUGCAAGGCAGGUGGGCGAUGACAGAACGCUGCGCAUAAAUUGCCAUUUUCACUUCCAAAGAGAGUAAAAGAUCAAAGCUGAGCUGCCUCUCGACCAUGGUCGACAACCAAGACCCUAACCCUAAACCCCAAGUCCAUCCCCCCUCUUCUUCUCCUUCUCCGACAUCGAAUUCUAGGUUUCCAGGCGAAGUUGGCGGCAAGGGUAGCAGCACUAACGGCUACACGAAGCCCCGCCCAUACCCGAACCCACCGGACGCGACGAACCCGGACGCGGCGACCCUGAGGGAUCAAUGGAAGUUCGCCAUCCGGCAGUAUAGCCGGUGGUACUCCCACGCUUGGGGCACUGCCAUUCUGGCCGGCAUCUCCUUCUUCGCUCUGGGUUGGAUCAUUAAGGGUUCCAAUCCCAUCCGCUCCUUCGCCAAAGACAAGGACCAAGAUGCCGGCCAUGAUGUUCCCAGCCCGCCCGUGCCGCCUACUCUCACCGCUUCCCCUUCCGAUGGCCAGCAAACUCCCAAGUCCUGACAACAAAUUUUGAGUACCUGAGGAGAAAGAAAUGCCAGAACAUACCCCGGAAGCUUCCCUUUGGAGGGAGCUUAUCUUGGUUCAAAUUCAGUAAGUAGGUGGGAAGAACUGUGUGCUCUUUAUGGAACACGAUGGUUUUCAUUUUCCUUUUCCUUUCUGCAGGGACAAGUGCUCUACAAAACGCUUCCUGUAUGUAAUGUAGAUAGUGUCGAGCUUUUAUUAUAUUUGCUUAAGAUUUCGCAGAGUAGAUAGCAAGAAGAGCUUGGUCUUCCAUUUCUUCCCAACUUUAAUGUAUUAUUGUGAACAACGGCUUGCCAGUACAAGUUAAUUAUACGGGUCAGUACCUUCUUGUUCUUGUGCUUGAAA